AUGGCUGCCCUGCGCAGGUUUAUCCCUUCAUGCACUAACAGCUCUAAAACAGGGACGCUGACGGCGCUGAAACAACAAACAACCUCGAAGGCGACAAAAGCGCUGAAAGUUAUCGCAGCUGGAGCGUGCGUCACCGCCGCGGUCGGUGCCGCUUAUUACGGCUGCUCGCUUGUAGGUAGGCGGUCCGGACUGAAGAGCCAUGUCGAGGCUCGACUCUUGCAUCUGGCGUUGCCAUCAGUUUCUGCCACCGAUAAGGCCAGGACCUAUGGUCUGGAUGAUGGGGAUGCGUACAUGUCGUCCAAUGAGAACAGGUUUCGCCUGUUCAGUUCGGUGGAGUACGAGGGCCAGCUCUACAUGACGCCACUGAACUUCAUCGAAUCCAUCACUUUGAAUGAACCCAAGAGCCGGAGAGUUUGCAAAUCCCUCACAAAAAAGGAAUUAGACAAGAUGCUGGCUGAUACCCCGCCUGUUUGCAAAGGAUCAUCUAAUUUGUUCAGAAAUCUUCGUGAACGAGGUGUCAUCAGUUACACAGAGUAUCUCUUUCUGCUCUGCAUUCUAACAAAGCCCCAUGCAGGUUUCAAGAUUGCUUUCAACAUGUUUGAUGCAGAUGGGAAUGAAAUGGUAGACAAAAGAGAGUUCUUGGUGCUGGAGGAAAUUUUCCGUAAGAAAAAGGACAGAAAGGAAGUCGCUGAAGAUGUGCAAAGAUUUGACCUGCAGAGCUUGCAGCUGUACGGUCCUCACAAAUCCCAAGCGCACACUGUUCUUAAAAAAGACUGUCAGCAUGUGGAGGCCCGGGGCAUGUGGGAAGUUCUCAAACGUGGCACAAGUCAAGUUCUGUUUUCUGAUCUCACUGAGGAUGUGGAUGAGAAAACAGAGACAACGCUGCUGGUGCAUUUCUUUGGGAAAAAAGGCAAAGCUGAGUUGAAAUUUGAAGAUUUUUACGAGUUCAUGGACAACCUGCAGACAGAGGUGCUUGAGAUAGAGUUCCUCUCCUACUCCAAAGGCUUGCCCACCAUCAGUGAGGAAGACUUUGCUCGGAUCCUCCUUCGCUACACGAACGUGGACGACGUCAGCGGGUAUUUGGACAACGUGCGCCACAGCCUGCCGGAUGAAAAGUAUAUCUCUUUGCAGGGCAUCACCUUUGAGGAGUUCAGGUCCUUCUUCCAGUUCCUAAACAACCUGGAGGAUUUUGCCAUCGCCAUGCAAAUGUACAACUUUGCCCACCGCUCUGUCGGUCAAGAUGAGUUUACCCGGGCAGUCUACGUGGCUACGGGAAUCAAGCUCACCCGCCACUUGGUCAACACAGUCUUCAAGAUCUUUGACGAGGACCACGACGAUAAACUCAGCCACAAGGAGUUCAUCGGUGUCAUGAAGGACCGGCUGCACCGCGGCGGAGGGGGCUUCAGAGUGGAGGAGAAGUUCACAUCUUUUAAGUCCUGCAUGAAGAAGGAGCUCUCAGGCAAAUAGUGUAUUUCUGCCAUGUAAUAUACAAGAAAGAAUUGACUGCAGUUCUAACGUGAAAGUCCCAUCAUCAGUGCAUGCCUUACAAACUGGAUGAGCUGCACACAUCUGUGCUUUCUACCUGGAGAGAAGGGUUAAUGCAUGUCGCAGCAUUUUAUUGCACUGUGUUAGACGGUUUAAAAUAAACAGGAUGUGGUAAAAACAGGAUGUGGUCAGCCUAAUGGGAAGUUGUUGCUAGCGGUCAAACAAACAAGAAUAAUCCAUUAUGAACCUAACAAAUCCACUUAACUCAGUGUCUCACUCUAAAUUGGAAUUCUUAGUUUCUAUAACUGCUUUUGCCUGCUCAGAGGAUAUUGAACUAUUUAUUGAUUGAUCUACUUGUAAAUAUAUUUAUCAUUUUAAGAUUGUUAGCUCUGAUUUACUUUAUUUGUCUAAAAGGCCAGCGUUGUCUUACUACUGUAUUGUUCAGUUGGAUUCUCCCGUUGCUACCAUACUUGGUUCUUCUGUCGGCUCUGCAGCGCCCUGCACAGAUCAGCUCAGGACAGCUCCUCCCUAUCCUCCUCCUCCCUCCCAAAGAGCUGCAGCGAAAAUCCUCCAGGAUCCCCCAGAGCCAGCAGGCCUGAACAAACUCACUCAGUCUGUGGCUUUUCCACUGUGUAACUACAGGAAGCUAACAGUGUUAAUCAUUUAUUGGUUAGCAGAGACAAGUGCUAUUUUCACACCACUGGCAGGGACGACCUCUUUUAAAUAAAUAUGCAAAAUAUUGAAGCCAUAUGUUCCAAUCUUGGGACACAACACUUAAAUUAGCGCUGAGAUUAAAGAAGCAAUAUAUUAAAAUGACCUUCCCUUUAAGCUCUGUAAGGAAGAGUUUACAUUUUAUCUUCUUCUUUAUAGAAAUCCUCCCUAGUAUGUUACUGAGGAAAUCUUGAUGACAUGUAAUGUUUGCUUCGGGUGGAGUUGUGUACUGAAAAAAAGAAGCCAUUAAUAUGUUACAUGCUGUAAUAUUAACCAGACUCAUGUAUUUGUAUUUCAGACAAUGGUCUGUUUUAAUCUUGGAUGUUUGGAUUAGCUAGUCUACCUCUUGAAUAGUUUUGGAAAUGAUAUAUAAAUAUAAUAUAACCUA